AUGCCCGCCAUCCUCAAUCUCAAGUUCAAGGGCAACAAGUCGUUCGUCCCAUUCAGCAACCUCAAUGACACCGAAGCUUUGACGAAGACUUGGAAGGUCUGCACCAAGGUCGCGAGUUUCCUGGAGCAGGGCCAGCGCCUGGAGAACCUCAGCUGGCGGCUGUGGCACCUGCAGAACCUCAUCGUCGACACGGACAACGCCAAAUCCAAGCGCGAGUUUAGGAAACUCUCGAAAUGCAUGGGCGACAAGCUCGACAAGGAGAAAGGAAGGAGUAUCGAGGAGCUCGAGGCCCCCGAUUUCAAACGCAACUCGUCCGUCGAGCUCAUCCAGCAACGAGCAGCAGAGAAGGAGCGUCUCAGAGAUGCCAAGCCCGGCACUAUCAAGCGCAUGCAGUUCACCUUCAGCAUCGACCAGCCCACCCCGGCACCGACCACCAUCCAAGUCAGAAAACCCAACGCCGCCGACGCGAGCAAGAGGAAGCAGGCGACGUCGAGGGGGGCGUCGCAGGACAACAACCAGCAGAACGCGCAGCAAGACGCCACCAUGUCCGACGCGACUGCGCACAAUUCGGGAUCGGUCUCUCUCAAGUUCCCCUCGAUUUUCUCGAGCGAUUUUGGGCCUCAUGCGCUGCUCUACCCCACACCGACGCUCACCAACACCUUGAACUAUGGCGAGGGGCUCAACCCCCCGACUGCCAACCGCGACUCGUUCUCGAUCGCGCGGCCGACGAUCGAGCUCCCUCUGGACGAGCUCCUCCACCAUGUCGAUGGUGGUGAGACCAACGAGAUGUGGUCCCAGCAACAGUCCGCCAGCAACACCCAGCAGACGUCUGAGGACGUCACGAUGGCGCCCCCGUCGACUUCCGCACUUGGCCCACCCACCACCACCGUCCCCCUCGUCUCAAACAACAAGCGAUCGGCAGCCUCGAUGGAGGCCGAGGAGGCUCAACCCGAGACACCCGCCGAGCCCGAGACCACCAUCACCAUCCCAGCUCGCCCAACCAAAAAACACACCCGCUCGGCCAGCAGAUCCUUCAGCCAAGGAAAUGCUGUCGCCUCCACUUCCUCCGCAGUCCCUCCUCUCUCGCAGACAGUCAGAGAAGUCCUUCCCGAAACGGUAGCACCCUCAAAAGUCAACGAGCUUUUCAGCAACCCCGCUCCUGCACCCAGAUCCAGCGGCCGCCCGUCUCUCACUGUUCGAACCCAGAGCAGCACGACGACACGUUCCUCUGGACCCGGAGCCACGGCUACCAACCUCAAUACCACUACCACCAAUCUCCGCAACACUGGUAACUCUGCUCCCGGUGGGGUCAAGGCUGAAUGCUCCAACUGCGGAGCCACCCACACCCCUCUUUGGCGCCGAGGGCUCAACGAUGAGCUCAACUGCAACGCUUGUGGUCUCUACUGCAAGUUGCACAAGCGUCCUCGCCCCAAGAGCAUGCGCAACAACCAUGGAGAGGGUCGGCAACAGGUUCAGCCCCGUCAAGAGACUGUCGACGUCAUGGCCCAGUGCUACAACUGCCAUACCACCGCUACCCCGCUUUGGAGGAAGGAUGACGAGGGCAAGACCGUUUGCAACGCAUGCGGCCUUUAUUACAAGCUUCAUGGUUCCGCUCGCCCCAUCUCCAUGAAGUCGGAUGUGAUUCGCAAACGUUCGAGACACGAUGCCCGCCGUGGCAACAGUGUUGAGGACACUGCUUCGACGAGCCCUGGCACCAACAGCCGGCGUAACUCUCCUGUCCCCGAGCAAACUCAACCAACGCUCGCUCCUGACACUUCGACUGCACCCGCCGCCUAUGAUUACACCGAGGAUAUGGACUACCGGCACAACACUUCCGAGCUCAUGAAUGCUCUUGGAACCCAUGACCCCGCCACCACCUCCGCCAUGUUCUCUUCCGCCUUCUCCUUCCAGUACCCUGGACCCUACCACCCCGACUACCUCGUCCAGAUGUACACCGCUCCCCAGGACCCCCUUCCCUUUGCCCACGUCGACACCUCAUCGUCCUCCUCGGAGCACGAUCCUUCUUUGAGCCCGCGAAGCUCCAAGAGGCGGCGGAUGAGCACCGACUCUACCUCUGAGCCUCCCCAGUCCGCGGUCUCGUACAACUCGUACAACGAGGGCUUCUCGUCGGCGUCGUCGACGAGUUCGCACUCUCAACGGGGCUCGAUGGACUUCCCUUAUAGUGCCGGCAGCUCGACGGGUCCUGCUCUCCGUGGAUCUGGGAAUACCUUCUGGCACCCGCCCAUGCUCCCUCAGGGCGACGAGCACUCGCAGCUGUUCCACCCGCCGAUGGUGACGCCCGGUAUGGUGCAGCACACCAGCGGCGGCGAGGGCCACUCGAGUGAUUCGAGCGGGAGCGGCACUGGCACCACCAACAACAGCAGCAACAACAACGGCAGGGGGAGCAGCAACAGUAACGGCAGCGGCAGCGAGCGGUCGGGAAGUAACGAUGAUUCGCCUAUGGACUAUCUUCAUCCGCCGAUGAUGAGCCAGGAGGAGGAGUUGUUUUCUGCGUAUUUGCAUCCGCCUAUGGCUAUUCCUGAGGAUGGGCCUGGUUCGACUGGUGUGCAUGGGGGGUUGCAUUUUGAUUAUGGGCAUACGUUUGAGCAUGAUGCUAGUAUGCGGGUGUAUUAG